GUUGGGUUUGGGUUGUUCGGCCAGCCCCAGCCCAUCCGGCUCCUCCGUCUUGCCCUCCAUCACCCAUCCGCUCUUGCCCACUCGCCUGCUCGCUCGCUUCAACAUGACUCUGCCCAAAGUGUUUGUCUCUGGCGCAAGCGGAACCGUUGGUUCUGAGGUCGCCAUCGGUAUCCGGCGAGCCGGGUAUACCGUCUAUGGCCUGGUGCGAUCGCCCGAGAAAGCCAAGAGCCUGGUUCUGAACGAAAUCAUUCCGGUGAUCGGUGAUCUGAAGCGACCCGAGACAUAUGCCGAGAUCAUCUCGCGCUGCUCGAUUGUCGUCCACUGUGCCUCGGACUAUGCCGACUAUGGCGGCGUCGAGUCCGUUGCCCUCGAUGCAUUCAUCCAGGGCCUGCAUAACCACAAGGACUCGCCGCAUGCAGCCAGGCUCAUCUUCACAUCCGGCAUCCUGGUCUACAAGGAGAAUCGCUCGGUCGACGAGCCUCUUUCCGAGGAUGCUCCACGCGAAGGCGACUCUGACCUCGCCUUCUUCCAGGCCCGACUGAAGAACGAGGACUUUGUCCUGAACCUGCACAAGACCCACCAGAUCCAUGGCAUCGUCGUGCGCCCUGGCUAUGUCUUUGGCAAGGCCCAGCGACACUUUUACCACUAUUUUGACCAGGCGCUGGAAGGCGAUGUCUUUAUCCGCGGCCGCGGCAGCGUGGCCUGGUCCAAGAUCCACAUUGACGAUCUGGUCGACGGAUACCUUCGCAUCCUGGCGGCCGGCGACGAUCUGCCUGGCGCUGCAGCUCUGAGCCAGGUCUCGGGCGAAGCAUUCAACUUCUCCGACGGCCUGGUCGACACCAACUUUGAGAUCGCAAAGGCCUUCGCCGCGCUUGCGGGCUAUGACGGCCCCGAGCCCCGCGAGGACCUGUCCCUCACCAGCCCGAUGGCCGACAAAUCCGUCAUCGUGUCGAGCGAGAAGGCCAAGCGAGUGCUGGGUUGGCGAGUGCGUCACCAGGGGCUGUUGGACGAAGCCCAUCUGUACUGGGACCUCUGGAGGACUCGUCGAGCCCAGCAGUGAGCUGCACGACAGCGAACAGAAUACAUUCAUUGGAGAUUGGGUGGCUGCAUUGCAUCGAGCCUGG